UAGCUUGUAACAUCAUAACAUUUUAUGAUUAUAAAACUAGAAUUUAUUACCUUCUUUACUUUUUUCUUUAUUUAUCUUUACACUUGUUAUGCAAAUGAUCACAGUGCAUAAAUUUGGAUCGUGGGGUUUCGUCACUUCCCACUGAAAUCUGUGGACUUGUAGACCUUUGGUCUUCUGUACUCACUUACACACUUCUCUGCUUUAUUGCUUCUUUCUGUAGUCACGUUAAAGCAGCUGCUCUUUGUCUCUUCAGUAUGUCGUCUCUUUCAGUCCAACCACCACAAUGUCUCUUACAACCUGUUGUGGUUCCACACCGGCUUCUGCUGGGACCGGGACCCUCCAACGUGCCCGCUCGGAUUGUGACAGCUACGUGCCAACCGAUGUUGGGACACCUGCACCCUGAAACUAUAGAGAUUAUGGAUCAGAUAAAGAGUGGAAUCAAGUAUGCGUUUCAGACUCAGAACCGCAUGACUCUGGCAGUGAGUGGGCCGGGUCAUGCAGCUAUGGAGUGUGCUAUCUUUAAUUCAGUGGAGCCUGGAGAGAGUGUGCUCAUUGCAGUUAAUGGUAUCUGGGGGGAGAGGGCUGCAGAAAUUGCACAAAGAAUAGGUGCUAAAGUCAAUACUAUUGUAACCUCAGCUGGCAGGUACUUCACAAACAGUGAAAUAGAGCAGGCAUUAGCUAAAUAUAAGCCAGUUCUGUUCUUUCUCACACAUGGAGAGUCUUCUACAGGAGUGUUGCACCCAAUAGAUGGCAUUGGCGAGCUCUGUCACGAGUAUGAUAGCUUGUUCUUGGUUGAUUCUGUUGCAGCACUCGGUGGUAGUCCAAUUUACAUGGACAAACAAGCUAUUGACAUUUUGUACACUGGCUCUCAGAAGGUCCUAAAUGCACCUCCAGGAACUGCCCCAAUCUCCUUCAGUGAGAGAGCAUGCCAUAAAAUCUUCAGCAGGAAGACAAAACCGGUAUCCUAUUUCCUGGACCUAAGCUGGCUAGCCACUUAUUGGGGAUGUGAUGAAAAACCUGCUCGAAUUUAUCAUCACACUGGUCCUGUAACUGCAUUAUACAGUCUAAGAGAGGGCCUUGCCAUUCUGGCAGAGAUGGGGCUUGAAAAAUCAUGGAAACGACACAAAGAAGUGGCUGAGUUCUUCCAUACAGGCCUAGAGAAGAUGGGUCUCAAGCUGUUUGUGGAGGAGAAGAAAGCUAGACUGCCUACAGUUACCACAAUAGUAGCACCACCCGGCUAUGACUGGAAAGAGAUUACAGGUUUCAUCAUGAGGAAUUACAGUAUAGAGAUCUCUGGAGGUCUCGGGCCAUCAGUCGGCAUGGUCCUGCGUGUGGGUCUGAUGGGCUGUAACAGCAACAAGGACCAUGUGGACAUGAUUUUAGAGGCUCUUUCUGAUGCACUGAAACACUGCCAUAAGAGCAAAGUAUAACAACACAGUUUGUGUGGCAUUACUGUAUAAAUAGAUACUGUCUUAAAAGGGUACUCUUAAUUUGAAAUCAUAACUAAAGCAACAGUAAAGUGAUUUUUGCUCCAUUGGACAUUAUUGUGACUAUGGUGACUAUUUGGAGUUGUGUCAGUAAGUACUGAUUUAUAAAUAAAAUAGUUUCUCUAAUAAUGGCUUUACUUUACUGGAACAAAAAUUAUAUCAUUUUUUUUUUUAAUUGGUCAGUAUCUAUAUUGAAUACCUGUUACAAUA